CAUCUUCCGUCCUUUUUGUUCACCAUUACUGUAACAGCCACAAGGAAAUGGGUUUUCAAGGAGGAGGCAUGAAUGGAACAGCAAUUGAAAAUUUUGUCUGUGUCAUUUUUAAUGUUUCCUUCAUGAAUUGCACUUGGCAUGUGGGCAGGAAUGUUUCAGGAGAUACCCAAUAUUUCCUGUACUGGAAGACCUCAAGGCAAGAAGACUUCACAGGAUGCCAGAACUACAUCAAAGAUAAUUAUGGAAGGCACACCGGAUGUAGAUUCCAAAAUGUGACAAUAGCAAAUAAGAGAGCUGAUUUCCUGGUAAAUGGUUCUAGAAAUGGACAAAACAUUCAGUCAUAUGAGAAGAAGAUUAGCCUAUACAAAAUUGAAAAACUCACCCCUCCAUUAAAUGUCACUGUGAACUGCACAGAAGCUUCUCAUGGUUGUAAAAUUCAGUGGCAACCACCUCGCACAAGUCAUGUGAAAAAACAUGCUUGUUUCAAAUAUGAAAUUGUCAUAGAGAAUACGGCUGAUCCUCAGAAAAACAUCAGAAACUCAUCUAGAACAGAAAGCAGCAUCACAGGAAACUCCUACAUAUUUGAGAGCUUCAGCACAGAAAAAAGGUACAGCGUCAAAAUCAGAGCAACUGACAAUGGUUGUUUAGUGAGCACCAGCUGGGGAGAGUGGAGUACACCUGUAGAGUUUGGAACAAGCCAACUUACAUCUACUUCAUCAUAUAUGUUAUAUCUGAUAUCAGUGAUGGCAGCAGGCCUUGUACUUUUUUUCUGCACAGUAAGAACUUAUUUGAAAAAAGCAUCUGCUACAAUACCACAGCCAAGAGACCCAUUCCAUGAGCUCUGCCCAAUGGAUUUCAAGAUAGAAUAUAAGAAUCAAUCAAUAAUGCAUGAAACCGAAGAAACAAUAGCAUUUAUUGAAGAAGUGACAUAAUGGCAUGCAAGAGAAAGAAGCAAUCUGAAUUUUUUCAAACAUGUAUACAUUCUUGAUAAAACACAACACUGAAUCAGCUACUUGAAGUAAAGUAACUCUACCCCACCUGCAACAAGGACAGCACCAAUUUACAGGUUUUUAAUAUUUUUUUCCUUCUUGCAAACAGAGAGAAUAAUGUUUCUCGUAGAGGCAAUUCCCCAAGAACCUAUCUUUAAAAGCCUCUCUCCAGUUCAUUGUUUUUUCCAUGAAUAACUUUGGUUGUUUGGACUAUUUUUGUUUUUUUCUUAUGUUCAGGUUUCUG